CCACCAGUGCCAGCUGAACACAGGCUGUUCCUCUGAAUCCUCAUCCAUCAGUCCUGAUUCCCACAAUGAGCUCACCAGUGCAGCCAGAUGGGGUGGCUGCGCGGGAGCAACUCCUGGCUCAGCAAAGAAUGCACAGUAGGAUCAGCUCAGUGGAUGUGAAGUCAGAGGUCCCUGUGGGCCUGGAGCCCAUCUCACCUUUAGACCUAAGGACGGACCUCAGGAUGAUGAUGCCAGUGGUGGACCCUGUUGUCCGGGAGAAACAACUGCAGCAGGAAUUACUUCUUAUUCAGCAACAGCAGCAAAUCCAGAAGCAGCUUCUGAUCGCAGAGUUCCAGAAACAGCAUGAGAACUUGACACGACAGCAUCAGGCUCAGCUUCAGGAGCACAUAAAGUUGCAACAGGAACUUCUAGCCAUAAAACAGCAGCAAGAACUCCUAGAAAAGGAGCAGAAACUGGAGCAGCAGAGGCAAGAACAGGAAGUAGAGAGGCAUCGCAGAGAACAGCAGCUUCCUCCUCUCAGAGGCAAAGAUAGAGGACGAGAAAGAGCUGUGGCAAGCACAGAAGUAAAGCAGAAGCUUCAAGAAUUCCUGUUGAGUAAAUCAGCAACAAAAGACACUCCAACUAAUGGAAAAAAUCAUUCCGUGAGCCGCCAUCCCAAGCUCUGGUACACGGCUGCCCACCACACAUCUUUGGAUCAAAGCUCACCACCCCUUAGUGGGACCUCUCCAUCCUACAAAUACACCUUGCCAGGAGCACAAGAUGCCAAGGAUGAUUUCCCACUCCGAAAAACUGCCUCUGAGCCCAACUUGAAGGUGCGGUCCAGGUUAAAACAGAAAGUGGCAGAGAGGAGAAGCAGUCCCUUACUCAGGCGGAAGGAUGGAAAUGUCACUUCAUUCAAGAAGCGAAUGUUUGAGGUGACAGAAUCCUCAGUCAGUAGCAGUUCUCCUGGGUCUGGUCCCAGUUCACCAAACAAUGGGCCAACUGGAAAUGUUACUGAAAAUGAAACUUCAGUUUUGCCCCCUACUCCUCAUGCUGAGCAACUGGUUUCACAGCAGCGCAUCUUAAUCCACGAAGAUUCCAUGAACCUGCUAAGUCUCUAUACCUCUCCUUCUUUGCCCAACAUCACCUUGGGGCUGCCGGCAGUGCCCUCGCCACUCAGUGCUUCAAAUUCACUUAAAGAAAAGCAAAAGUGUGAGACACAGACGCUCAGGCAAGGUGUUCCUCUUCCUGGCCAGUACGGGGGCAGCAUCCCAGCCUCAUCAAGCCAUGCUCAUGUCGCCCUAGAGGGGAAGCCCAACAGCAGCCACCAAGCUCUCCUGCAACAUUUAUUACUGAAAGAACAAAUGCGACAACAAAAGCUUCUUGUGACUGGUGGAGUCCCCUUACAUCCUCAGUCUCCAUUGGCGACAAAAGAGAGAAUUUCACCUGGCAUUCGAGGUUCCCACAAAUUGCCCCGUCACAGACCUCUGAAUAGAACCCAGUCUGCACCUUUGCCUCAGAGUACAUUGGCUCAGCUGGUCAUUCAGCAGCAACACCAGCAGUUCUUGGAGAAGCAGAAACAAUACCAGCAGCAGAUCCACAUGAACAAACUGCUCUCGAAAUCUAUUGAACAACUGAAGCAACCAGGCAGUCACCUUGAGGAGGCAGAGGAAGAGCUUCAGGUCGACCAGGCGAUGCAGGAAGACAGAGCGCCCUCUAGUGACACCAGCACUAGGAGCGACAGCAGUACUUGUGUGGAUGAUACACUGGGACAAGUUGGGGCGGUGAAAGUCAAGGAGGAACCCGUGGACAGAGAUGAAGAUACUCAGAUCCAGGAAAUGGAAUCUGGGGAGCAGGCUGCUUUUAUGCAACAGCAGCCCUUCCCGGAGGCCCGGCACACACGUGCGCUCUCAGGGCGCCCGGCUCAGCUGGCUGUGGUUGGCAUGGAUGGAUUAGAGAAGCAUCGGCUCCUCUCCAGGACUCAGUCUUCCCCUGCUGCCUCCAUGUUACCUCUCCCAGCAGUGGACCACCCCCUCCAGCCUGGCUCAGCAACUGGAAUUGCCUAUGAUCCCCUGAUGCUGAAGCACCAGUGCAUUUGUGGCAGUUCCACCACCCACCCAGAGCACGCUGGAAGAAUACAGAGCAUCUGGUCACGGCUACAAGAAACUGGGCUGCUAAAUAAAUGUGAGCGAAUUCAAGGUCGAAAAGCCAGCCUGGAGGAAAUACAGCUUAUUCAUUCUGAACAUCACUCACUGUUAUAUGGCACCAGCCCCCUGGAUGGACAGAAGCUGGACCCCAGGAUACUUCUAGGUGAUGAUUCUCAAAAGUAUUUUUCCUCAUUACCUUGUGGUGGACUGGGGGUGGACAGUGACACCAUUUGGAAUGAGCUGCACUCGUCCGGUGCUGCACGCAUGGCUGUUGGCUGUGUCAUCGAGCUGGCUUCCAAAGUGGCCUCAGGAGAGCUGAAGAAUGGGUUUGCUGUUGUGAGGCCCCCAGGCCAUCAUGCUGAAGAAUCUGCAGCCAUGGGGUUCUGCUUUUUUAAUUCAGUUGCAAUUACAGCCAAGUACUUGAGAGACCAACUAAAUAUAAGCAAGAUAUUGAUUGUAGAUCUGGAUGUGCACCAUGGAAACGGUACACAGCAGGCCUUUUAUGCUGACCCCAGCAUCCUGUACAUUUCACUCCAUCGCUAUGAUGAAGGGAACUUUUUCCCUGGCAGUGGAGCCCCAAAUGAGGUUGGAACAGGCCUUGGAGAAGGGUAUAAUAUAAAUAUUGCCUGGACAGGUGGCCUUGAUCCUCCCAUGGGAGAUGUGGAGUACCUUGAAGCAUUCAGGACUGUCGUAAUGCCUGUGGCCAAAGAGUUUGAUCCAGAUGUGGUCCUGGUUUCCGCUGGAUUUGAUGCAUUGGAAGGCCACACCUCUCCACUGGGGGGGUACAAAGUGACUGCAAAAUGCUUUGGUCACUUGACGAAGCAAUUGAUGACAUUGGCCGAUGGGCGUGUGGCGCUGGCUCUGGAAGGAGGACACGACCUCACAGCCAUCUGUGAUGCAUCAGAAGCCUGCGUAAAUGCCCUUCUAGGAAAUGAGCUAGAGCCGCUUGCUGAGGACACUCUCCAUCAAUCCCCAAACAUGAAUGCUGUCGCUUCUUUACAGAAGAUCAUUGAAAUUCAAAGCAAGUACUGGAAGUCAGUAAGGAUGGUGGCUGUGCCAAGGGGCUGUGCUCUGCCUGGUACUCAGUUGCAAGAGGAGACAGAGACCGUUUCUGCUCUGGCCUCCCUCACGGUGGAUGUGGAACAACCCUUUGCUCAGGAAGACAGCAGAGCUGCUUGUGAGCCCAUGGAAGAGGAGCCGGCCUCAUGAAGUGCCAAAUCUCCCCCGAUAUUUCCUGUGUGUGACAUCAUGUGUAACCCCACCCCCACCCAGCACCCUCAGACAUGUCUUGUCUGCUGCCUGGGUGGCACAGUUCGAUGGAUCAUAAACACUGGGCACAAAAUUCUGAACAGCAGCUUCGCUUGUUCUGUGGAUGGACUUGAAAGGGCAUUAAAGAUUCCUGAAACUUAA